GUCGAUCAAUUCUUCAUCUUUAUCUUCAUCUUCAUCUUCAUCGAUCAAUUCUUCAUCAAACAACAAAAUCCACAAAAACACACAUAUAUAUAUUUCUUUUUUUCAUCAAACAUCACCUUCUCCUUCCUCAUCCAACACCAAUUCUUCAUCAGACAUCAAUUCUUCAAAGGAACCCAGGUAAAUAUGGGGCAUUGCCGUACUGCCCAUGUCGGCAGAGUUCAAUUGAAGUCCAACUACUGUUGGUUUGAUACAGUCAUCUUUCUUAUGGGGUUACCUUCUUACUCAGUGGGUGGGAAGUCAGUCCUGGCAUUUGGCGUAGUUUGGUGGUCUAUUGCUACUGUUCUUACUCCUGUUGCUGCCAAAAUUGGGUUGCCAUUCCUACUUGUUCGUGCUUUCAUGGGAAUUGGUGAGGUUGUUGCUAUGCCUGCCAUGAUUAAUAUUCUGUCGAAAUGGGUUCCCGUAGCCGAGAGAAGCAGAUCACUAGCUCUAGUAUACAGUGGGAUGUAUCUUGGCUCAGUUACUGGUCUGGCCUUUUCACCUUUCUUAAUACAGAAGUUUGGAUGGCUAUAAGUCUUUAUCUCCUUUGGUUCUCUGGGAACAGUCUGGUUUGCUGUAUGGCUGAACAAGGUAACCAUUAUUCAACCAUGCUAAUCUUUAGUAUACAAUGUUACUUUUGCAGAAUUUUGACUUUGCUGAAAUUGUAAUAGAAGUUCACAUCGUGC